AUGAAUACCUCAAGUAUCUUACUUCUAUUCGCUGUGAUCACUAUUCUCAGUAUCUUAUGUUUUAUACGAAGAAAAUGUGGUUCACAGAUAAUGCGUUCAUGCAAAAUAUUCUUCUGCGGAACUGAUUAUGGUCUUGGUGAGUACCAGAAUACUCUUGAAACUGUUAUCAAUGCAUUUCCUUUAGAAAAUCGAGCGAAGAAAAGAUCGAAGCAAUUAUCAAUAGCAGGCCCAUAUAAUUGGGCACCUGCUUAUAAUCCCGUGCCGAAUCUCUCGCCGAAAUUGUAUACAUUGAUUCGUAAUAUGCAAAUGAAUAGCUUCGACAGAGAAGCAUCGUUUCGACAAAGGACUGUCGAUGAAGACGAUGAUGUGCAUGAUGUGUUCACAAUUCCUGAUGAAUCUGAACAGAUGAAAACACCCUCGAGUGAGAAAACUUCGGAAACAAAGCAAGAACGUAAUUGCGAAACAGCACGCAAAUUCUAUGCAAGCAUGCGCCAUUCAGCUCGACAUGUCAAUUCUUCCUCGAAUGAUAGUGGUAGCAAUGAUUUGUUUUCACUUACAAAUGAUCGCAGUGUCCAAAACAAUUCCAAUGAUCAUAUCAAGUUUUUUCGUAACACACGAUUCUUUCAAUCCAUCACAAAAAGUACGCGCUAG